CAGAGGAGCGACGCUUCCUAAAAACAGAUUUCGUCCGAGCUUGUUAUGUUGACCGAAACUUCAGAGGUUUGGCAGUGACUUUUGCAAAGUUAUCGCGCAGCAAUCAAACUCCCCCCGGCCGGUGUGUUGUCUGGGCCGGCAAGGAAGAAGCGUCGCCUCUGUACGAGAUCUGUCGCUUUAUGUGUCGCAGCGCCGGACGCGGACACAAACACACACGCAGGUUUCCUGGAUGGAAACGGAGAGUCUGCUGGCCGGCGGGGCGGACGGAGGACCCCCGGACUACGGCUCCGACUCGUCCCGGACGUCCCGGUCCAAUGGAGGGGGGCCCGGGAGCCGCCGCAUGUCCUACUCGGUGGUCGGCGACUCCUGCAGUGUCGAAGGAGGUGAUGAAGAUCUGUACAUCCAGCAAGCUGUCGUAUUCAUCGAGGACGCCAUACAGUAUCGGUCCAUCAAUCACCGGGUCGACGCCAAGUCGCUUCGCCUCUAUCGGUGGUAUUACUCCAGGAUAUGCCAAUGGGGUCUUGGUUUGACCAUUGCCGUGGUGUUGCUGCUGGCGUUCGUGGAGCGUCCGUCCUCCCUGAGCGUGUCGUCGGACCCGCGGCGCCGAGCCCCGCCCUGGGAGCCGCCGUGCGGCUUCACCGAGAGCAUCGAGAUGGUCUGCCUCGCCAUCUUUACCCUCGACCUUGCCGUCAAGAGCUAUCUGAUUGGCUGGGAGGAGUUUAGGAAGAGCAAAUGGCUGAUCUGCUACAUGGUGGUCAUCGUGGCGUCUGUCAUCGACUGGAUGUUAACGAUCAGCAUGGACUGUGAGGAGAAACUGAGAGUGCGACGACUCAUCCGGCCGUUCUUCCUCCUCCAAAACUCCUCGCUGAUGAAGAAGACGCUCAAGUGCAUCAAGAGGACUCUGCCUGAGAUCGCCAGUGUGAUCCUGUUGCUGGCUCUCCACCUCUGCCUCUUCACCAUGAUCGGCAUGCUGCUGUUCGCCAAAACAGAGGACCCGGAGAAGAACGGCGAGUGGGAGCUGUACUUCAGAGACCUGCCUCACUCGCUCACCUCGCUGCUGGUGCUGCUGACCACCGCCAACAACCCUGACGUGAUGAUCCCCGCCUACUCCCUGAACAGAGGCUACUCCAUCUUCUUCAUCUGCUUCAGUGUCAUUGGAACGUACUUCCUGAUGAACCUGCUGACAGCCAUCAUCUACAACCAGUUCAGAGGAUAUUUACUGAUGUCAGUGCAGACGUCCAUCAUCAGGAGGCGACUGGGAAUCAGGGCUGCCUUCCAAAUCCUGAGCUGCCACGGAGCGAGAAGGGCUGCUGCAGAAAGUGUGAAGGUUGAUGCGGUGCUGGAGGUGAUGUCCAGGGUCCAGAUGAAGAGCUACUACAGAGUGGCCAUCGUCAAGGAGGUGCAGCAGUACGCGACUGCCGGCUGCCUGGACCGAGACGACUUCAGGAAGCUGUUUGACGAGCUGGACAAGGAUCGCAUCAAGGAGCACCCUCCUUCGCCCCAGUACGACUCUGUACUCCUGCAGAAGCUCCAGAGGAUCUUCGGUCACUACUAUUUCACAAUAGUUGGCAAUGCGGUAGCACUGGUCAACGUUAUGUGCAUUUGUACUGUCUUGGUCUUGAACUCUGAUAAGUCCAUCGCAGAGAAAGAUGACUACUACAUGGAGGUGAUCAACUGCUGCUUCAUCUUCUACUACCUGCUGGAAAUGUCUCUGAAGAUCUUUGCGUUUGGCUGGAGAGGUUAUCUCUCCUACAGGAACAACGUCUUCGACGGCCUCCUCACCAUCCUGUUGCUGGCUCUGCAGAUCAUCGUGUUUGCCACCUACAGGUUCCCUUACUCUCAGCGGGACCCACAUGGCCUCCUGUCUCUGUGGGAGCUGGUUCGUCUCAUCAACAUGCUCAUCGUCUUCCGCUUCCUGCGCAUCAUCCCGGACAUCAAGCUCAUGACUCUGGUUGCCAGCACGCUGCUGGACCUGGUGAAGAACCUCAGAGCGUUUGCAGGAGUCCUGGUGGUGGUUUAUUACAUGUUUGCUGUGUUUGGGAUCUGGCUGUUCGAGGGAGCCAUCACACCACCGCCAACACACAUGAGUGUGCUCUCCAACUCCUCGCUGGAGAACAUCACCUCUAACUUCAGUAUGGAGUGUGGGACGUACGAGCAACUCGGCUACUGGCCCAACAACUUCAACGACUUCGCUGCGGCCAUCAUUCUCCUCUACAACGUGAUGGUGGUUAACAACUGGCAGGCCUUCAUGGAGGCAUACAGCAGAUACACCAGCCCGUGGGCCAAAGUCUACUUCGUGUCGUGGUGGCUGACGUCGUCGGUCAUGUGGGUCAACCUGUUUGUGGCGCUGAUUUUAGAGAACUUCAUCUACAAGUGGGACCGCUGCCACAGCUGCUCCGUCAUCGACGUGGAGAGGACGAGAUACGAGACUUCUGUCCAGCUCAUAUUCAAAGAGCAGAUCCAGGAGCCGACAGAGGAAGAACUGCUGAGUCAGCUACACCAGCACCCUCACCUACACCUGCACUGAAAACAUGUGGUUUCUCCUGCAGGGACGAAGAUCUCCAGAGCUGAUGGAUCGACACGUUCACGGUCCUCCGGCGCUCUGUGUCCUGUCACUGCUGUCACUGAAACCAGCAGGAAGCACACUGUUGUUUUCUGUUUUUUUUGUUUUUUUUUUUCCUUUUUCCUGUUCUGUGAUGUGUUCAGUAAAACCCCUGUGUGUUGCACAGGACUUCCUGGAAUUCAUGAAAGUCAUGUAAUUUUGAAAAGCCUUAAGCAGACACUGGAAAGUCUGGGAAGUCAAUAAAUUCUUAGGGAGGAGGUCAUGCAAGUUCCUGGAAUUUUGUCAGCCUCGUUCAAAAAAAGGUUAGCUCAUUAUUCACACAAAAAAAGCAAUAUAUAGAAUAAAACAGAAUAAUAACUAUAACUGAGCCACUAAAUCUAACGUGUGUAGUAAACUUACAGCUGAGAUUUUUUUUUUUUUUUUUUUUUUUAAAUCAUGUUACAUUGAUCCGGGUCAUUGAAAUUCAACAUUUUAGCCACAAACAGUCAUGUAAAAGUUGGGGACCCUGCUUACAGACUGGAGUUUCUACAGGCAGGUCUCAGCUCUUUUGGCUCCGCCCACAGGUGUUUAAGGCCCUGCUUCCACCUGGCAUUAACAUCCGUCCUUCGUGAUCCGGACCAGCUCAGCUCAGCUCAGGUGUGAACAGCAGCAGUUUGUCCUCAGUGCGUCUCUCAGGACACAUUCAGAGUCCUGGGACACUUUUGUCCACAUGGCAUUAGAGGUGUAAAUAGGCAGGUGACCCAGGACGGACUGAGGCUCCGCCCACUCACCUGCCGUCCUCUGUCCCGACUCCCAGACACAGAAAGCCUCUCCUGUGUGACUCUGGCCAGCAGCUGGACUGUCAGCUGAUGGAUCAAAUCAAAGUGAAGUGCAGCUCGCUCGAAGCAGCUCGAAGCAAACUGUGUGCCUGCAGGGGGCGCUACAGGGGAGCAGGAGGAGCUCAGCUGCCCUUAAUAAGACAUGAGCUCCCCUAAAAACAUGAGGCAAGACAUUUUGGGGGGGUCUCUAAGAUAUGUACUGACAUCACGCAGGGUUUUUUCUUCCAUAUGAAAUUCAGAGACAGCAAUUAAACACAGUCUUUCUAACCUUUACCAUAGGAAUACUACAGAAAUACUACAGGCGACAGUGUGAAUGUGAGCGUUGCAGUUAUUACAGGAAUGCCAUAGAAAUAUUCCAGGUUGGUUUAUCCACCUCAACGGAGAACAAGACCCUCUCAGAUUGGAAUAUUUCUGUGGAUAUAUCUGUGGAUAUUUGUGGAAUAAUUCAAUAAUCUGAGCCUGAACGUGGACGUGUCGAGAGUUUUAAUUUGCACACAGAGCAGGAAAGUGAGAUCCAAUCACAAGCAGGCAGGUGAGACGCAUGUUGACACCAGGUGUGAACGGAGGGACUGACAGCUGCCCGCUUGUGAUCGGAUCACCAAAGACACAUUUUAAUGCCAGGUGUGAACAGCAAAAAUAAAAUCUGUAGGAUUAACUCCAGGCUGUUUACUCGUUUGUCAGUUAAACCACUAGGAGGCGUUGCUGUUUGUUUGUUUCUUUCUUCCUGCAUUCUGUGAUAAUGUGUGUGUAUGCAGACACAGAAACCAAGUUCUUAUCAUCACGAUGUUCAUCACGUGAGUAAUGUUUGAGUUGUGUGACGCCUGUUUACAAAGAUUCAGCGGUUCAGUUUGUCCAUCCUAUCACUGGAUGCUUUAAUUUAAGCAGCAAAGCCAAAAAACAACAAACAAACAAAUAAACAAACAAACAAACAAAACACACCGGCUUCUCGGGAAAGAAAAGAAAUGCUUGUGUGCAGAUUUUGGUCACUGGACUAUGUGGUAAAUAAAAAAUUUUUUAUGGUGGAUGGCAAACACACAGCAUAUACUGUUGCACUGUGUCUAGUUGCAUAAUUAUAUUUUCCAUGAAGCUGAUGUAUUCUUUUAGGUGAGAUGAUUUUUUUUUUCUUUUUAACCAAAAAAUGGAACAAAAAGGGACAAGCUUACUUUGUGUCAGUUUAUUUAUUAUAAAUGCAGAUUUUUCCUCAAUCAGGCGAGUGGCUGCAGUUUGUGUUUGUUUGCAGUUUGGAUGAACGGGAAGCGGCUGUGUUUUCUGAGGCCUUCAUCAAUGUGAGACAGUACCUGUGUGUGUGUGUAUGUGUGUGUGUGUGUGUGUUUCAGACUGCAUCCUGUAAA